GAUUAAAUUAAAGUUAAAAACUAAAAAAGACGUGAACAUUAAGGAAGAACUUAAUAUCAAAUAAUAAGAAAGGGGUGAGACUUCGAACCCAGUUCGUCUAACCUACCACAUUGUGGAGCUAGCCGGAAGACCCCUGGGUGUUUCUUAAUUAAAGUUAAAAACUAUGCCAAACACAUCAGUUUUUUUACGGAUUUGAGAGGAUUUUUAAGAAAUAAUUGAAAGGGGUCAAGGAAUUUACGAUCAUCCAGAUAUGGCUUGAAAAUAUUGAGAAGAAAAGACUACUUCGUACUAUAUGAUGAUCUUGCAGCUGGACCAAAAGCAUUUGUGGACGAUACAAAUUUUUGGAUCAAAAGGACAACGAAACAAACAAAAAAUAAUAGUAAAACAGAAGAUUUGCACGCAACCGGAAGAAUCUCAACAAAAGGAAUGACAUCUUCCUCCUUUCUACCGAAUCCCGCAUCGAGGUACCUAGGGUUUCAUCAAAUCCAUCAACUAGACCCUCUCCCUCCCCUUCGUGCGAUCGCCACAAAGAAAAAACGCAAGCGAAAUUGCUAGUGAUUCCAGCCAUGGAUCCACUCACCUCGAGGAUCAAAGUAGAGCUCGAAGUCAAUCCGCGCAACCAGGGAGGGGGGAGAGAGAGAGAGAGAGAGACUCGCCUCCGAUGAUCUCCCAGUUCGUUGCAACUCGAACGCUUUUGAAUUUUGGAGAAGCAGAUGAGAAGAGAAAAGCUCGGUGCCGCCAUUAAUGGGCUCUCCGUACAAAAAGAAAUCCAAAUCCGAAUUCUCCAAGCCCAUUAGGCCCAGUAGUAGUAAGCCCACGAAGCGAGGGCUUCUCGCGGCUUCGCUUGAGGCGGAGAGGCGCCGCCGCCGGCCGCCGCGAUGUCGCUGCCGGCGCGGCUGCUGCUCGCGCGGGGGAAGACCACGGCGGCGCAGCACGUGGCGGCGCGGCACCUGGACCACACCUUCGAGAAGCUCGCGGCGGCGCACCUGCCGCUCGUCGCGGCGGCGCCGCUGGUGGACGCCCUGCGCGCGUCGCCCGCCGAGCCUCUCGCGCUCCCGGGCCUCGCCCGCCGCCUCCCGCUCCGCCUCCACCGGCGGGGCGCGCUCCACUUCCUCCGCCUCUUCCCGCGGGUGUUCGACCUCCGCGCCCCGCUCCCGCUCUCCCUCUCGCUCACCGCGCCCGCCGCCGAGCUCCUCGCCGUCGCCGCAUCCCCCGCGGCGGCGGCUCAUGCCCUCCACCGCCUCCUCGCGAUGUCCGCCUCCCGCUCCCUCCCACUCCGCGCCGUCUUCCGCGUCUGGCGCGAGCUCGCUCUCCCCGACGACUUCGAGGUCUCCGUCGUCGCCGACCACCCCAACCUGUUCCACCUCGCUCCCAACCCCGCCGAGCCCAACACCCACAUCCUACACCUCGUCGCCGAUCCGGCGACCGAGGAGUUCACUCCGGCGGUCGACAAGACACGGCCGGAGAAACACGCCUUCAAGCUGCAGUUCCCGCCGGGAUUCAGGCUGACCAAGGAAUACCGUAAGAAGGUGAAGGAGUGGCAGCAGCUACCAUACAUCUCACCAUACGAGGUAUCAAUUCAGAAGGGUGUGGGAAGCAAGAGGGUGUCUAAGAUGGCGAGGAAGAAGAUGGAGAAGAGGGCGGUGGGGAUCGCGCACGAGUUCCUCAGCCUGACCGUGGAGAAAAUGGUGGAGGUGGAGAAAUUCAGCCAGUUCAGGAAAUGGUUCGGGAUCGAGGUCAAUGUCCGGGACGUGUUCUUGGAUCACCCGGGGAUAUUUUACCUCUCGGCGAAGGGGAAGCGGCACACGGUGUUCUUGCGUGAGGCGUAUGAUCGUGGCAAGCUCAUUGAGCCGAAUGAUGUGUCGGAGGCGAGGAGGAAGCUUGUUGAGCUCAUGCUCCUCCGUCGUCGUGGGCUUGGGAAUGCCAAUUCAAAUGCUAACAUGGCUUCACGUGCCUGUGCUGGUGCUAAAGAAGACACAAGUGAUUUCCAGGAGGAAGAGAUUUGAUAGUUAUGUCCAAGAAGCUGGAGGAGAAAGUAUGCUGCGGAUUUCAUGGACAAUCUUUCGUCUACCAUAACCUGUUCAACAGGUGCUUGGACUACCUUGAGUGGUGAAGAUGUUGGUGAUGCAUAAUCAUGGGCAGUAAAUUUCGCGUGGCAUCCAUUAACCAGAUGAGGGAUAUGGAUUUUUUUCAGGGAUUUAUGCUCAUUGUUUGGCAUUAUCUGUUGAUGCAAUGUGCUGGACUGAGUAUAGUUCUGGUUGAUGCUCAAAACUGGAAAGGUGUGACUCUGAACUUCACUGAUUGGUCUACAAUUACGCCAGAGCAAAAGCAGUGUGAUGAAAGAUCUUGGCUGAAGUUUGAAAUUGAAUAUCCCUUGUUUCACUGGAGAUGAUGUGAACCGAAGAUGAUUCAUAUAAACUAGAGAAUACAAAAUUGCCUUUCUUGCUACUGAUUGUGAACUGCGGAAGGCCACUGGGAUGUGAUUCACAAUACCACGGGACCUAUGAUCAAAAUUGCAGUCAUCUCCGACUAGAGAAUCCUGUAGUUUUUAUCGACAAACUAAUAUGCAUCAGUUGUCAUUACAGCAGCUCUUCAUCAUAUACAGUUUAACUUUUGAGUGUACUUUUGUCGCUGUGAUCAUGCCCUUGUAACAGUUAUCCCAUAUGUCUGGAUGUCUUCCUUUUCCAGUCAGUAAAGAUGUACAUUUAGUUUGACUGAA